AUGGAUGCGGUAGGAAAAGAGGUUGCUCUGCAAGAUGAGAAUAUGAAAAUUACCAAUACUUUACGUUAUUGUUCUAGUCAUCUUAAGGAUUGUCCUUACUUUGACGUAAAACAUUCACCUGAACAAAUACAAAAUAUUAUCAAUUUGGCUUUGGCCACUUCAACAUCAAAAAAGCAAACUGAUGCUGAUGAUAAUAAAAAUGAGGAUACUUCUUCAGAAGCUGAUUGGGAUGUUGUCAUCAAUGAAUGGGAAGAGCUAUUAACUGAAGAAGAAUUCGAAGAACAGGAUGAUUUUGACAAUGUUGAUACUGAUUUCCUUAAUUCAGAAAUACACCCGGCUGAAAAUCAAGCUGCGAAGUGGAAAUUGCAAAAUUUGUUUUUACCUAAUUUGCCUUUUCCCUUUGAAAAUAUUUGA